CUUCUUCCUCGACACGUAGCCUCAACACCACCACCUCCGUGUCUCUAGGCAGACAUACACAAUAAUUUUGAACGAGGAAUAAAAUCGUUGCAAUAUCGAAGAAACCACCGAGAAAGUGAAAUUAUGAUCAAGCACACAAUCAUUUCGCGCCUCGACGGUCUCAUCCUGACUGCCUCAGUCGACGAUGGCCAGGAAGAUGCCGAGUUCAACGAAGUCAAGAGCAAAGUCAAGCUCGUCCAGCGCCGCCUAAAUCGCAACUCAGAACCGCAGGCCAGUAUCGAGAGCGGGUCCUACACAUACCACUACCUCAUCAGCGGUGACCUCUGCUUUCUCUGCAUAUGCGACCGUUCCUAUCCGCGCAAGCUUGCCUUCACAUACCUCUCAGAUCUCUCGCAAGAGUUCACCACCAUCUAUCAGCCACAGCAGUACCUUACGCCUUCAUGCCGGCCGUACGCAUUUGUCGAGUUUGACACGUUCAUUCAGCGCACAAAGAAGACAUACCAGGACUCGCGAGCCACACAGAACUUGGACAAGCUCAAUGACGAGCUGAAGGACGUGACCAAAGUCAUGACGAAGAACAUCGAAGACCUCCUUUACAGAGGAGAUAGCUUGGAUCGUAUGGGAGACAUGUCGAGCCGACUGAGGGAAGAAAGCAGGAAGUACAAGAAGGCAACAGUGCGCAUGAAUUGGGAACUGCUAUUGAAGCAGUACGGACCCAUUGGAGGCCUUGUGUUUAUCGUCAUUGUCUUCAUCUGGUGGAGAUUUCUUUAGACAACUUCGCGCGCUAUCGAGCACACGGCUUUGAGCUGCGACAUCGCAGAUACCGUCAGCGCUACAGGCUGUUUUUGUGACGAGUAGAGGUUUAGUUGGACGAACAAUAUACCCAGGUCUAUUUUUUGCAAUAUGCGCACUGCAAAGAAGGAACUUCAGUUGUACAGCA